ACCUUUCAACACAACACUUUGAUUUUUGUUUUAUCGCGGGGUCUAUGACUGCGCUAUAGUGUACUUUACUCACUCACUCAGCCCUCACUUUAUCGGGAUCAUACUACCUACCUAUCCGGGUAGAUAGAUAGGUAGUUUGUUGUACUUUCGCAACAGCACCACAUCAUGGUCCAAGUAUCCUCUCUAGCAUUAGUAGGUUAUCUAGCUCCAGUGCUUGUUACGUUUCUGCUCUUUAUAACAUGGCUCAUCCUCGGCACCCGCCGUCGCCGUCGCCGUCGUCGCCUCUACGGCCCUACAUACCCCUACUCGGAUGCCGAAAUGGCGGCGGCGGCGGGGGGACAACGUAAUCCCCGGAUCGUGAUCUCGCAGCAGCUUAUCGAGGUACUUUAUCCGCAGGUGAAGUACAAGGACUGGUUUGCUGGGAAGCAGAAUGAGCAGAAUGAGCAGCAGCGGCAGCAGCGGCAGCAGCAGCAGCAGCAGGAUCUAUCAUCAGGUGCGAUAGCGCAAGUGAGAUCCACGCCCGGGGAUAAUGCUUCCGGUGAAUCACCAGAGAACACCAACACCAACACCAACAUCAACGAUAGCAAAGAAAGAGACAAAGACACAGAAGAUGCAGAUACAAGUGGAGACAACCACCGCACGUGCGCAAUAUGCAUAGACCAGUUCGCUGACGACGACGAGAUCCGAUCCCUGCCGUGUCGACAUAUCUUCCAUACAGUGUGUUUGGAUCCGUGGGUUACGAAGAAGAAUGCGUUUUGUCCACUGUGUAAGAGGGCUUUGUGUGGGGUGAAGAAGGGGGUAAAUGGGAGUGGAGGGGAUAGGAGGAGUUGGCCUUGGAGGAGGCAAUCGCAGAGGGCGAGUACGAGGGUGGUUUCGGUUUCGGUGCCCGAGGCGGCGGUUGUUAGGGGGUCGGUUUAGUUCAUAUGUUGCUUUGGGCAAUUGGGGUGGUGAGUGGCUUUGUCUGGAGAUGAUGGGGGGAAGGAUAGGUCUUGGUGGAGAGGAUAUCA